AUGCUUAGUCAAAUCGCCUAUCCAGAUUUCAUACUUGACAGCAAGAAGCUUGAUGAUUACUAUUACAACUUCUCCGUGGAAGCAACGGACUCGUACAGCGAGAUGAUAGAGAAACUGUCACGAUGGAACAUCGAACGCGACUUAAAACGCCUAACCGAAGUUGUCGAUCGAAAUGAGUACAACUUUAACGCUGCAGUCGUCAACGCUCACUACGAUUUCUUCUCCAAUUCGAUAAAGUUUCCAGCCGCUAUUCUUCAAGCUCCUUUCUUUCAUCACACUUUUCCAAGAGCGCUCAAUUAUGCUGGAAUCGGAGCUGUGAUUGGACACGAAAUUACUCAUGCAUUCGAUGACCAAGGUGCUCUUCUGUUUGCGCUUUUUGUUCCAAUGUAA